AUGGAUGCCGGGAAAGCCCAUAAAGCAUCCUCUUCAUCCUCACCAUCCACCUCCUCAUCAAAACGUUGGGAGUACCAAGUGUUCUUGAGCUUCAGAGGUGAAGACACACGCAAGGGCUUCACAGGCCACCUCCACGCCGCAUUAUCUAAUGCCGGAAUCCGCUCCUUUCUUGACGACGAAGAGCUAAAAAGAGCGGAAUUUAUAAAAACCCAACUGGAGCAGGCAAUCGACAGUUCCAUGAUCUCCAUAAUUGUCUUCUCCCAGCGUUAUGCCGAUUCCAGUUGGUGUCUUGACGAGCUGGUGAAGAUCAUGGAGUGUAGAGAACGAUUGGGGCAACAGGUUAUUCCAUUGUUCUAUAAUGUUGAGGCUUCAGAUGUCCGGAAACAGACUGGUAGUUUUGCAGAAGCUUUUGAGAAACAUGAAGCGGGCAAACAUGAGAAAGAAAAGGUACAGCGAUGGAGGAAUGCUCUCCGUCAAGCAGCAGAUUUGUGUGGGGAAGAUCUUAAAAAUGCUGACAAUGGGCAUGAAGCAAAGUUUAUCAACAAAAUUCUUGGGGUGGUUAAUAAGCAGUUGUACAACAAAUCCCAAUUAGACAUCAAACACCCUGUUGGAAUUACUUCUCGGGUGAAGGCUUUGAGUAAUCACUUGCAUAUUGAAAAUUCAGGUUCUAAGGAUGAUGUUCGCAUGAUCGGUAUUUGGGGGAUGGGCGGCAUUGGGAAAACAACGCUUGCCAAAGCCAUUUAUAACGAAUUUGAAGGUAGCUUUGAAGGUAGGAGUUUCCUUGCAAACGUGAGGGAAGUAAUUGCAAACCAACCCAUUAAUGGUCUGGUUCGUUUGCAAAAACAACUUCUAAAUGAUAUCUUGAAAAGCGAGGGCGUAAAGGUUGACUCCUUUCUUAAAGGAAUCGAGAUGAUAAGAAAAAGACUUCCCUGUAAAAGAGCACUUGUCAUAAUUGACGAUGCAGAUGAUCUAAAGCAACUAGAAGCAAUAGCUGGAGCUCGUGAUUGGUUUGGUCGUGGAAGUAGAAUUGUUAUAACAACAAGAAAUAAACAUUUGCUAGAGCACGUUAGAGUGGAUAGCACAUAUAUGGCUCAAGAAAUGGAUGAGGAAGAAGCUCUAGAGUUCUUUAGUUGGCAUGCCUUCAAAAGAUGUUAUCCUGAUCAAGAAUAUCUUGACCUCUCAAAACGUGUAAUUCGUUACUGUCAAGGCUUGCCACUAGCACUUGAAGUUGUAGGGUCUUUUCUGAUUACAAGGCGCCCGGCGGAGUGGAAAAGCCAUUUGGAGAAAUUGCAAACAAGUCCUGCUGGAGGAAUCAGUGUCCUCAUUGAACGGUGCCUUGUAACUGUUAGUGAGUACAACAGGCUGGGGAUGCAUGAUUUGCUUCGAGACAUGGGAAGAGAUAUUGUUUAUGAAAAUGCCCAUGGCCGCCCAGAAAAAUUUAGUAGAUUGUGGAAACGUGAAUACGUAACAGAUGUUUUGAGCGAUGAAUCUGGAACUGAAGAAAUUGAAGGAGUUGCUCUAAAUUUGCCUCUUUAUCGAGAUCUGGAUUCGAGUAGAUUCAGUGCACAAGCAUUUACCAAGAUGAAAAAACUGAGGUUACUCCACCUCAGCAACGUAGAGCUCACUGGAGAGUACAAAUAUUUUCCCAAAAAGCUAAUAUGGUUGUGCUGGCAUUAUUUUCCUUUAGAGUCCAUACCAGAUGACUUUCCUACGCAACCAAAACUAGUUGCUUUAGACCUGCAGUGUAGCAGACUCAAAAUAGUUUGGAAGGAUUGCAAGUUGCAUCGGCAUUUGAAAAUCCUUAAUCUCAGCCAUUCCCCUUGGCUAACAAAAUCACCAGACUUUUCAAAACUCCCAAAUCUCGAGGAAUUGAUAUUGGAAGGCUGUGUGAGUUUGUCAGAGGUUCACUCAUCCAUCGGGGAUCUUAGAAGACUUUCUUUGGUAAAUCUUGAAGGCUGCACCGAUCUAGAGGAUCUCCCGCUGAAUUUCUAUAAAUCCAAGUCUGUUGAAACUCUUCUACUUGAUCAUUGUUCAAGUUUUGAAAAGUUGGCUGAGGGCUUAGGGGACAUGGUAUCGUUGACAACUCUGAAAGCAGAUUACACAGCCAUCAGACAAAUUCCAUCUUCCAUAUUAAAAUUGAAGAAACUGAAAGUUGUAUCUUUAUGUGAUGUGCGAGGGUCGCCAUCAACAAAUCUUUUGCCUCAUUCGUUGCAAAGUUUAAGCUCUUUAAGAGAAUUAGCUCUUGCAGACUGGAGUUUAACCGAUGAUGCAUUCCCCAAGGAUAUCGGUGGCCUAAUAUCCUUAGAAAGAUUAGAUCUUGCAAGCAAUGACUUUUGUAGCCUACCAAGCCUCAGUCGUCUUUCACAGCUUCAAGAUUUGUCUUUAAAGAAGUGCAUAAAUCUUCGUGCAAUCCCAGAUUUACCAACAAAUUUGAAAGUCUUACGAGCAGAUGGCUGCGUUGCAUUGGAAAAAAUGCCAGAUUUUUCAGAAAUGUCAAAUAUAAGAGAAUUGUAUCUACGUGAUUCAGGCAAACUCACUGAGAUUCCAGGCCUGUAUAAGUCAUUAAACUCCAUGACAAGGAUUCAUAUGGAAGGCUGCACCAAUCUGACUGCUGAUUUUAGGAACAGCAUCCUACAGGGAUGGACUUCUUGCGGAUAUGGUGGCAUUUUUCUCAGUGGAAAUGAUAUUCCUGAUUGGUUCGACUGUGUCCAUGACGAUGAUAUUGUGUAUUUCACUGUGCCUCAAAGUGAUGGUCGUAAUUUGAAAGGGUUAACUUUGUCCUUCGUUCGCUCUUUAGGCUUCCACAGUGUUGAUUGUAUUAACAUUAAAAACAUGACCAAGGGUACUGAGCUUGAAGCCAGGAUCAUACCCGAUUAUCGACCUAGGGCUAGGGGUUAUUAUCUUUGGCAGGGACAGUUAUCAAAUGACGAGCUCAAAUUGCAAGACGGUGAUAAAGUCUGGAUUGAAAUAAUAAUAGUGGACAAAUGGGUGAAGGUGAAGAAAACAGGUGUUAGUCUGGUAUGGGACAAAUUUAUGAACGAAAAUCUGAUUGAUUACCAUCUUUGUCGAUAUGAACGACGCCCAUCUCAAAAUCUGAUCAAUGAUGAUGACACCAUUCGUGUCGAAAAUGAUAAUCGCAUAACAUAUUUACCAGACUUUUCAAAAUUCCCAAAUCUCGAGAAGUUGAUAUUGAAAGGUUGUACGCACUUGUAUAAGGUUCACUCAUUCAUCGGGGAUCUUGGAAGACUUUCUUUGGUAAAUCUUGAAGGCUGCACCGAUCUAGAGGAUCUCCCACUGAAUUUCUAUAAAUCCAAGUCUAUUGAAACUCUUAUACUGAAUGGUUGUUCAAGGUUUGAAGACUUGGCUGAUGGCUUAGGGGACAUGGUAUCAUUGACAAUUUUGAAAGCAGAUAACACGCGCAUCAGACAAAUUCCAUCUUCCAUAGUAAAAUUGAAGAAGUUGAGAAUUUUAUCUCUAUCUGGCUGCUGGCGGUUAACUGAGGAUGCAAUCCCUAAGGAUCUAUGUAGCCUAAUUUCCUUAGAAGAUCUGCUUCUUGGAGCCAAUGACUUUUCGUAG